UGUAGAGGAGUGAGCUGCUGCCCGAGAGGAGAAGAAAAGAGACAAUUCCGCGACCACAAAGGGACUCAUGAUACGCGGACAGAUAUGGACGUUAACGCACAACACGGACGCUGUUGUCCUUUGUGAGGAGGACCGCGUCGUCCAGUCGGAAAGAUCCGGUAUAUGAAGAGUUAAGACUCGGCAUCCCAACUGUUUAUUUCAGCAGCUAGCAGGCUAGCUGGCUAGAUACCUAGGAGCUAGAGAAUGGGAAGCCCGUGUGAGUUUGCUUGAUAGAGAUCUUCGUCGAGCUUUGAAGAAGCUGUUUUCGGUUUAGAUAUUGUCGGCGGUGGUUUCAAGUAUCCGUCGCCCGCCUCGUAAGUAGCCGCAACUUUAAAGAAUGAUAUCAACUGAGCGCUAAGCAUUUACUCUACUACAGACCCGGAGAGGAAAAAGUCAUACAGGCCUGCUGGCUCGAGGUUGCACUCAAACACCAAGAAGGGAGAACAUGACUCACUGGCCUCUGCCAGAGACUGGCACGGGGCAGCUGUGCCAACCUCGCCCCUGCCUGCCGCUUUAGAAGCUCCCCCCGGUGCAUCAUGACGGAGAGACAUUGAGGUUAACUCCCUGACGAACGUCUCAAUACCUCCCCUCCUCCCAAUCCCUCAAGAACCCCCGCCCUUGCCCCAUCCCCAUCAUGCUGCGCUUCCUGCCUCUCAAACUUGGCCGCCUGUACCGAUGUCUGAAGCUCUUAUUGGUCGUGGGGUUGUUUGUCAUCUUGUUGAUGAACACCCACAACCUGUUCGCCUCCUUCCAGAAGAAUGAGCUCACCGACAGGCGCUUCAUCAACCUCAACAAGUGUCCCGCCUGCUUUGGCACCAGCUGGUGCCGCAAGUUCAUGAACGGCCAGGUUUCCUUUGAAACCUGGGGUCGCCUACGAUUCCUAGACGUUUUCAAUGUCAAGAAUGUUUACUUUGCUCAGUACGGCGAGCCCAGGGAGGGCACCCGCCGCGUGGUGCUGAAACGACUGGGCUCCAAUCAGGAGCUGGCGGAGAUAGACCAGAAAAUCUGCAAGAGGGCCACAGGCAGGCCACGCUGUGACCUCAUCCAGGCGAUGUAUAAGACUGAAUUUGCCAGGAUCAAUGGCGAUGUUCGCCUGCUCACUCCAGAAGUUGUGGAGGGCUGGUCAGACUUGGUGCACUGCCCCUCUCAGAGGCUGCUGGACCGCGUGGUCCGCAGGUAUGCUGAGACCAAAGACUCAGGCAGCUUCCUGCUAAAGAAUCUCAAAGACACAGAGAGAAUGCAACUGCUGAUGACCUUGGCAUUCAACCCAGAACCGCUCGUAUUGCAGAGCUUUCCGUCAGACGAAGGGUGGCCAUUCGCCAAGUACCUGGGAGCAUGUGGGCGCAUGGUUGCUGUCAACUACGUGGGCGAGGAGCUGUGGAGCUUCUACAACGCACCCUGGGAGAAGAGGGUAGACUUGGCGCGCCAGCUCAUGGACAUUGCCGAGCAGCUCACCAACAACGACUUUGAGUUUGCCCUCUACCUGCUCGAUGUCAGCUUCGAUAAUUUCGCGGUCGGCCCACGAGACGGAAAGGUCAUCGUUGUUGAUGCCGAGAAUGUUCUUGUGGCAGACAAAAGGCUGAUCAAGCAGAACAAGCCAGAGAACUAUGACGUGUGGUACGAGAGCCGGUUUGAGGAGUGCGACAGGGAGGCCUGCCUGUCUUUCUCGAAGGACUCUCUUUGUUCCAGGGUCACAGUGGACCACAACUACUAUGCCGUGUGCCAGAACCUGCUGUCGCGGUAUGCUACGUGGCGGGGCACCACUGGAGGCCUCCUCCAUGACCCCCCCGCCCACAUAGCCAAAGAUGGACAACUCGAGACCCUGUUGGACGAGUGCACCAGACCCAAAAAGCGCUACGGCCGCUUCCAGGCGGCCAAAGAACUGCGUGAAUACCUCACACAGCUAGCUGCCGCUUCCUCCUCCGCUACGGCCAGGUAAUGAAUGGAGUCGGCGUUAGCCGGAAGCACUGAGAGACUGGAUCCUGUACUCUUUAUCUCCGAACUCUUGAGAUCCUGGUUCUUGUACAUGAUGUCAUUCGCUCUCCUUUGUGCACUGGAGCAGGAAGGUGUUAGAGGUCUUGCAUCAGGAAGUGUAAGAAUCCAAACUUCAAAGCAGAUUUGUUAAAGCUCUAGCUUUUUACCUGACUUUGCUCCCGUGUGAAAGAGGAGUGUGGCACUAAGAGAUUCUGGUUAGAACCAGGAUAGAGAGGGGAUAGAGGUAACCUCUCCUCUCCCAGGGUGGGCUACCAUCCUCGGGGAGGAGGCGAGAAAGGGCUCUGGUAAAAGCAUCCUUCACUGGACCCAGGCUACCGCAAACCAGAGCAUCCAAGCAUCAAGAGCAGCGACAUCACACAGCCCUGACCGCAUCCAUCCUCCUGUUUACUCUUCACUCCAUCAGAACUAUUGUGUUUUAUAACAUUGAAUCUUAACACCAGUUUCAUUUUGCCCCCAGGAACUUUUGUUUUUUAUUUUAUUUUAUUCAGGGCUGAAUUGAGUACAUUGGUGCGUUUACAUUUAUGCUGUGCCAUGGCUUUUUUUUUUCUCUGUAGCAUGGCUGCAGC